AUGUUCAAAAGCGUUCUACCACAUCUUUCGGCAUUAAGCAAAACAUUCCAAACCGGGGCUAUUAACUUCUCCAGGAUCAUUCCGGGAAUAAGCAAGCUGAAAUCCAACAUCAGCCAAAUCGGCAAGAAUGACUGUGUUAUAUCUGAGCUGAAGAAAGACCUGGUUGAUCAACUCGAAAGCUGUGAUUUGACCAUGUCUUUAACAGAGGAAAGGCAGAUUCGUACUAACAUUGACAAUUACAUAUCUGCGAUAAUUACCAAUGUUGACAACAGAUUUCCCACAAGUUCUGUUAAUGUUCUGGAUGCAUUCUCUAUUUUCAAUGUUGAGCAGCUUCCUCCUGAUCCAGAAUCCCCGUUAUUUCAGUUUUAUGGUGAUAAAGAAAUCGAUGUUCUGAAGAACCAUUUCUUUGAAUCUGAUUUACAAGACCAAGAGAAACUUCUUUGUGAAUGGCGAUCCUUCAAAUUUGAGCUAACAGAGCUUAGGAAGAAAUGGCUUCAUUUCAAAGACCAGGUUAUCGCAAAUAAACUAAAGUUGAAGUAUACAGCAACGGAAUGGGUACUUUGUCAGGUUUUGGGUCAGUUCCAGGACGAAUUUAUUCACCUUGUGGCAAUGGCAAAGACAGCCCUUGUUGCACCAGUUUCAAAUGCAUGGCCAGAACGUGGUGGUAGCGCAAUCAAGCGCAUAAAAGCUAGAUCUCGAAGCCAAAUGAAAAACGACAUGUUAGAAGCUCUAAUGAUGAUUUCAUUAAAUGGUCCAACUCCAAAUAGUGAAUUGGCUGACAAGCUCAUCAGGAAGGUUGCUGUGCGUUUCGAGUCAAGCCGCCGAUACAAACGACCCACAGCAACUCGCAUAUUUUCAACAAAAUCAUCUUCUUCUGUGUCUGUACAAACGGAUGACAUCUUGUGCCUUGAAAGUAUAGAUGCUGAACAAGAAUCUGAAGCUUCCAACGAAGAAAUUAAAAAUCUGGAAGAACACCUAGACAUCUCAGUAAAGAAUGUUGAGUCUUGGGUUGCUGACCUGCAAUUGGAAGUCGAAAGCAACAACGAAACAAGCGAUGAAGAGAUGGAUGAAGAGAUGGAUGAAGAUUCAUAUUAA